GAAGCGAGGAAAAAAAAAAACAAAAUCGGAGAAUUUAUAAAUAAAGAAAUAAUGCAUCGGAAUCAAUCUUUGGACUUGCAUGAUUGUUUUACUUUGAAAACCAAAUAAAAGCUUAUAAUAUGCAUUUAACAAUAUUUUGGAACCCAUAUUUUACCAUUAUUUACUUUAAUUAUUCGCCAUACACAGAGACGCUCAUGACUCUUGUUUAGCCGCCAUGUCUGAAGUUCGUUGUGUCUUGGGAGACUGUGCUGUGUUAUUCGUAAAUGUUUUAUUUGUUAAAUUGAGUUUACGUCUUAAAAACAAUGAUUUUUCUUGUUAUUAGUGUUAUUGUGAAAGAAAGUUAAUUGUGGUGUGUUUUAGAAAUUGAUGCCUAUCGGUACAUUUUGUAUGUGAAGAAGUCUCAAACAUAUAUUUUUAGUCCAUCCGCCAUAUUGGCGUUAAUAUCCCUUCAUUUACUACCUAAGAGUGUCAGGCGCUCCGAAAGAUACAGCUACUACCCUGCAGUUAUAUGCAAGGUAGGGUUAUAAGUUAUCCAUGAGUGGAGCGACGUACUUUUAGGUGCAAAAGCACCAAAACUAAUUUAUAUUAUGAUAGAACAGUUUAGUAUAAUAAGAGGGUUUAGCUGAUGCCACUGAGUCAGAAAUUGGAUGAACCUCUCGUUACAAUUGAGAUUGCUGACUCCAGCACAAUGCAGCAGGCGGUUGAUCCCUUGGCAACAACAAGCACGCCGGCGGCGGAGCCUGUUAAUGGUACGCCACCGGAGGAUACCCCCCGAAGACAAGGCCGCAUAACGAAUCAGCUCCAAUUUCUGCAGAAAAAUGUAAUGAAAGCAGUAUGGAAACACCAAUUUGCGUGGCCUUUCCACCAACCAGUAGAUGCAAAAAAGUUAAACCUACCUGAUUACCACAAAAUUAUAAAGAAACCAAUGGAUCUCGGAACCAUAAAAAAGCGGUUAGAAUCCAACUACUAUUAUUCCGCCCAAGAAUGCAUCCAAGACUUCAACACGAUGUUCACUAAUUGUUACGUUUACAACAAACCUGGCGAGGAUGUUGUUGUGAUGGCUCAAACUUUGGAGAAGCUCUUCUUGAACCGGAUAGCACAAAUGGACAAAGAAGAGAAAGAAAUCGAAGCACCCUCGAAGGCCGGAAAAGGCGUAGCAAAAAAGCGGGGAACUGGUGGAAGUGCCGGCGGCGGCGGUGGCGGUGGCGGCGGUGGCGGCGUGGCAGUGGCGGCGGCCACAGGCGGCGCGCGGGUCGCGGUGAAGCCGCCGCCGCCACACUCCGCGCUCGUCGGUUCCACCAACACCACCACCGCGCCCACGCUUGUCGCACCGCCGCCUACGCCGCCUGCCACGCAUACUGGACUUCCACAACAAGUGGCGUCCCAACCUUCUAGUUUUCAUGUAACGCCAACCCCGGCGACUCCGGUUUCGUCGAUCCCCACCGUCGCAUUAUCGCAGACACAACCCGCGAAGGUCAAAAAAGGUGUCAAAAGAAAAGCUGACACGACUACUCCUAUGGGUAGUUCAUUUGAAGGAGGUUAUACCACUCCGACAAUAGAUCAACAAAGUGGACCCAAACCUGCAAAAAUAUCUACAAGAAGAGAAAGUGGACGUCAAAAAAAGGCUAAUAGAGUUGGUGACGAAAAUUUCAAAAUGGGUGGUCUUUCACCUGGUGUCGGAGGCGCUGGAACUUCGCAUCAUUCAGUUUUGACUCCGCAACUUGCUAAAGGAAAAGAGAAAUUGUCUGAUGCACUCAAAAGCUGUAAUGAAAUUCUUAAAGAACUUUUCUCUAAGAAACACUCUGGCUAUGCCUGGCCAUUUUAUAAACCUGUUGAUGCUGAAUUACUUGGGUUACAUGACUAUUUUGAUAUCAUCAAGAAGCCUAUGGAUCUCGGUACAGUAAAAAAUAAGAUGGAUGGAAGAGCUUACAAGUCAGCUGCAGAGUUUGCUGCAGAUGUUCGUCUUAUAUUUACAAACUGUUACAAGUACAACCCGCCAGACCAUGAUGUUGUUGCGAUGGCUCGUAAAUUACAAGACGUUUUUGAAAUGAGAUAUGCAAAGAUUCCUGAUGAGCCUGUUCAUGUUGCGGCACAUGCAGAAAAAGGAAGCUCUGCAUCAAGUUCAGAAUCUGGAUCAGAGUCCGAUUCAGAAUCAGAUGAUUCAGAAGAAGAAAGAAACAAUAAGGUUAAGAUGCUCGAAAAAGAACUUCUGGCAUUGCAAGAGAAAAUGAGGAAACUCGUCGAGGAGUCUAGUAACAAAAAGAAAGCAAAGAAAAAAAUGAAGGAGAAACAGAAGAAACAAAUAACUACUGGAGUCACGCCUAAGGUUCCACCCACUCCGGCGUAUACGGCCAAGACUAACAAUAUUGCAGACAACACAGUUUCUCAUACUGCGGCGACCGGCGGUGGCGUGCGCAAACAGGGUGGCAAGCGAGGACUGGGUGCCGGCGCUACCUCCGGCGGUGCGGCCGGCAAGGCGGCGCGUGCCCCUGCCGCGCCCGCCAAGAAAAAGAGCUCCUCCACGCCCGCUGUCGCGCCCGCGCCACAUCCACCCCCGCACAACGACUCCGACGACGAGGACCUCGCUAAGCCCAUGUCCUAUGAUGAAAAAAGACAGCUCUCGCUGGACAUCAAUAAGUUACCAGGUGAUAAACUGGGAAAAGUGGUGCAUAUCAUACAGAAUAGAGAGCCGUCGCUGCGAGAUUCUAAUCCGGACGAAAUAGAAAUAGAUUUUGAAACUUUGAAACCUUCCACACUCAGAGAAUUGGAAAGCUAUGUUGCCUCAUGUCUGAGAAAAAAGACUCAUCGUAAAGUAUCAGGGAAAUCUAAAGAUGAACAAAUGGCGGAAAAGAAACAAGAACUUGAAAAACGACUUCAGGAUGUGUCCGGACAGUUAGGAACGCAUAAGAAGCAACAACAGAAAAAAGAAGGUUGUAAAGAAACUUUGGGUGGUGGUAUGUCGUCGUCUUCGAGUUCGUCAGACUCGUCCAACUCGUCUUCGAGCACCGACACCAGCUCCUCGGACAGCAGUGACAGUGAAGCAGGCACCGGUCCCAGCAGGACACCCAAAAAGAAAGCAAAGAAGCCACCUGUGCAACAACCGCCGCAAAACAAGAUAAUAGCACCGGCUGCUGCAAAUUCUGCGACGGUACCGACGAGUGUGUCGAACGCCGCCUCUGAUGGCGGUGGGCCCGCGCCGCCGGAUGCGAAGCCGGCUCCGGAACCCGUCGCCGCCCCGCCCGCCGUCUCCGUGCCGUUACCCGCCGCCACGCCGCCCGACGCCGUGCCGCUUCCCGCCGCUGCGCCGCCCGACCCCAAACCGGACCCGAGAAACGGUCUUGACAAGAUGGAUACCUCACAUUACAUAGAUCCUAUUGAACGCUCCCUGGCCAGUUUGGAACGAAGCUUAAAAGCCGAUGUACCCAUGGACGUAAACGUGAGCGUCUCGGAUUCAUCGAUUCGUCUCGAAGACGACUUUGCUCUUCCGAAACCGCAGACGAUUCCGGAUGCGGCGCAUCAGACUCUUAUGGCGCAGCUCAGUGGCAUAACUGAAGUCGCCCGGGUACCAGAACAGAUGAAAACUGAUAUUUAUCUACCCGCGCACAACGGUUUCGUUGAAAAAAACGCGUCGCAAGACCGCGAUAUCAUACGACCCGACAUAAAUCCUAACAUACCCAAUUUGAGUAAUGUGACCACGGUAUCGUCGAUAUUUGAUCCCAUCUCAUCGACACCCUUGCCGAUUAUUUCACAGUCUCAUCACAAUAUGUCUAGUGCCCCUAGCCCUAUAACGCCUGCAGUAAAGAAAGAGGACAGUAAACCUUUACUCACCCCCAAACCUAUUGAAGAUCUCAUGGGAGUUCCGCUUGCGAUGGUCAACAAUUUGCCUGAUCGAGCUAAAUAUGAAAUAGACAAAAAAAUGGAAGACACAAAAAAUUCAAAUUUUGCUCAAGCAUUUAAAUUGAAACAAGAGCAAAAUUUAAAGAACGCAAGUUCUUGGUCGUCUUUGGCUCAGGCUGGCAGUCCUCAAAGUGUACCAAACAUGGUAACCAACAAUCAAAUUAAGCAGAAACCGGUUAUGGAUAGUUUUCAGGCGUUCAAAAAACAAGCAAAGGAAAAAAUUGAUCGGCAACGAGCUUUAAUAGAACAACAGGAAUUAAGGAAAAAAGAACAAGCGGAAAGAGAAAGACAAAGACAAGAAACGGAGAGGCGACACCCAGAUGAAGAAAAAUCAAGGGUUGGUCAAGUGAGUAGAUCGGGUGGUAAAGUGGAGAGCGCUGAGGUUUCCCCGCCGAGCGGGUCGCCCGUGGCGCGCGCGUCCCCGCCGGCCGCCGCCGCCGCCGCUGCAGCCGCCGCCGCCGCGGCCGCCGCGAGCGCAGACAAGCCCGCCGCCUCCGAGAGAGAACGAUUACGUCUAAGAGAACAGGAACGACGUCGACGAGAGGCGAUGGCAGGACAGAUAGACAUGAAUAUGCAAAGUGAUAUGAUGGCGGCUUUUGAAGAAUCACUUUAAUGUAGUUCAGUGGACGUUUUAUUUUUUUGUAAAUAUAAUAGAUAAUCUUAUAAAUAUUAAUAAUGCAAUCGAUGAAGUGAAUAUGAAACUCUGAGUUGUUAUGUGGUCGUGUAGUGCGUUUAUUUAGACGGUCGAUGAGCGAGUGGUCAAGUGCUGUGAAUAGAUAUACACGUUUGAAACUGUUGUACCAAUAUAGAUUUUUGUGCUUGUGUAUUUGAGCCUUUAUUAGUGGACUGCAUUUUAAUUUACGUGUAUCAUAAGUAUAUAUCUAAGCUCCUAAACUAAAAGAACUCUCUUUACAAGUGUAAGACUAUUUAUACAGCGUUCUAAGAUGACUUCUACCUUCCAACAUUUGUUUUAUAUAGAAUGUAAUGAAUGACCUACUAAUGACGGCUAGGACGGUAGAGAUUAGAUUAACAUAAAUCGGUAAUAUUUUAAUAUAUAAGAAAAUCGACUAAAAACCAUGAAAAUUAUCUACACAAUUUGACGAAUUUUCUCAUUGCAUGUUUUACAUAAAUAAAAACGUAAUACAAGAAAGGUAAAUAAAUAUCUCUGGAUUAUCACAAAAGUUGCAAAUUCUAGAAUAAAUCAAGCGAAAUAACAAACAUUUCAAUUAAAAUGAAAGCUGUAAAAAGCGGUAAAGUUUUUGUUAAAUUUGUGUCGAAAAAACCAUCACUAGGGACUAUGGUAUCAUCACGUUGACUGCCGGCGCCUGAGUUUGUUCCUGUCCUCCCGCGCGCUACCUCGUCUCGCGGUCGCGUAGUGAUGGGCGCAUGCAUUGAAUAGUGAUGCGCCACACACUCCCCUCCGAGACCGGAGGUCGUGCCAUUUUUUUUUUUUGCGUUAUCAGUGUGGAACGUUUUAAUGACGCAGGGAAGAUCUUCCACCGAGCGGUUGGUAUUGCUCGGUAGACCGACGAUCCGUUCCCCUAGGAGAAUACGAGUCUAGGCUUGCCUGAAAAUAAGGAGGGAAAUUAACUCGACGGCCCGAUCUCGUAAAUCUGGCCUCUGUUUGGGUACUGUCGUUCGCCAUGCGACUAGUUGUUGCUUCUUGCCUAUCCGCUUCCCAAUGGGCUAGCUUCACUCUGUCAACACUAACGGCUUCUCUAGGUAAGUCUAUUAUGACGGUUUUGUCAGUUCUUGAUAUUACGCUAUGUGGACUGGUGUAGGGUGGCUCCAGUGCACCACUCAGUGCAUCCUUGCGAAGGAAUAUGUAGGACGUUGUUUUUAGGUCUUCAUGCACGAAUAUCGACUUCCCACCGUGUCUUUUUAUAGGUUGUGCUAUGAGUUGGAUCCCGUCUUCAAGCUCUGAGAAAUUCAGGCGCUUCUUUGUGUUUGUUUGAUUGAUGGAAAAAUUACCUGGGUAACCUGAGAGGUUCGCAAGUCACGUUUCCAGCUGGUCCUCUAGCCCAAAAGUAUCGUAGGGGGAACAUCUGUCCAUCUUCGUUCACCAUGAGCCAUAAUUGAUGCUUUUAGUGUCCGGUGCAGUCAUUGAAUCACACCAUUUGCUGCUGGAUGGUACGCGGUGGUGGGGCCUAUCUGUGCUCCACAAAAAUCGGUGAAUUAUUUGAAAAGCGCGGAUGUGAACUGUCUGUGAAUUUUUUUUGUAGACUUCGCACCCGGGUGUCUGUGCUUAUUAACAGCAUUAAAAAGUUGACGCAGGCUCAGAGGUACCUAUGAACGAGGUUUAGGCUCAGAUACGUCGCAGUAUACUUCUAAAUGCGAACCAGGGAUAGCUAUACGUUGUAUUUUCAGGGAUGAUUUCCUACUAGUCAAGAGCUCUUUCAGCUCCCCAUCUUUACUCUGUUCUCUUGCUAUCUCUUCGCUGCUUGGUGGAACCGAAGAUAUUGUCUAUCCGUGACAGCGUAUCUGCGGCCACAUUCUCUUUACCGGAAAUGUGUCUGAUAUCCGUAGAAAACUGCGAUAUGAUAUCCAUCUGAUUGUGCUGCCUAGGUGAGCAUUAUCUCUCUCUCUGUACAAAUGCAUAGACAAGAGGUUUGUGAUUAUAGUGAAGUGUCGACCCUCUAACGUAUACCUAUAGUGUUUUAUGCUUUUGUAUAUUGCUAACAACUCACGGUCGUGGGCGCUGUACAUCCUCUUGUGUCUUGUUCAAUUUCUUUGAGAUGAAUUCCAAAGGUUGCCGCUCACCAGAAAUUCUUUGUUGCAAAACCGCACCCAAGGCCGUGUUAGAAGCAUCGGUCGGGUGAGCGGUGAAUUUAAAGCUGGCUGGACCAACAAAGUCGAGCGUGAUAUGGUGUCCAUGUUAUUUGUUGAGGAUCCUUUUUGUUCGAUCCAGCUAUAGCUUCAUGUAAUGAUGCUUGAUCAUUGGCAGCUUGCGGAAUGAAGCGUCUAUAAAAAUUAAGCAUACCGAGGAACCUUUGCAAACCGCUUACAGCUUUUGGCGGGGUGUAUUCUUUUUGUAUAGCUUUUACUCUCUAAACUGUUGGUGAAUACCUUGUGCCGAGAUAUUAUACCCUAGGUUAUCUGAACUUUUCCAAAAGAGCAUUUAGCUUCGUUUAUAAGCAGUCCAUACUCUUGUAGGCGCUCAAUAAAUUUUUUUAAAUGUUCCGGAUGUCCAAAAUAGAGUUUACAACUUUCCUUAUGUUCUGCAAUACAUUCGAUCACUUCAACUGCGUUCGCACCUCGGACUGGUUGAUAAUAUCGAUAAUAUUUUGCGCAUGACUUAAAUCUCCAAAUUACUUUUAAAAAAAAGUUGAAAAGAGAACCCAAAACAUGCAAUAGGAUGAAUUUUAAUCUGUACAAUCACAAUAACUUCAUAUUAAUAAAAUUAAAUAUUUUGUAUUUCUACUUGAUUUACAAGCUUAAGUGAAUAAGAAUAUUGCAGAUUAGUGUUUUGACUUAUCUUAGCACAGACAGCCUCAUUCCAAAAAACGAGACACGUGCAGUUUUGACAAUUGUUUAGUGAAAUAGUCUUCUUAAAUUAUGAAACUCGUUCACCAAGCCUAAUAAAUAUCAUUACAAAACCGUGCUAAAACUAAAGUUUAAGUAGCUAUAGUAGAUUUAUAGAUAGCUAAAUAAAUUUAGAUAGACUUUAUUAUAUGUUACAUUUGCAGCAGCACAGAAAUUAAACUUGAAACUAUUAAACCAUAAAUAAUUCUAUAUUUAAGUUUAGUUUUGAAUAGUAACAAAUAUUAAAAAAAUAUUUAUUGCCAUUGUGAAAGUUAUUAUCGUGUAUUUCAUUAAAAUAUAAUAUCAAGGAAAUAAUAUUUACUUUAUAAAAAAAAAAAGAGAAAUGCUUACUUUGAUUUUUAUAGGAAUUUUGUAACAGAAUGAAUAAAAAAAUUUCUAGGUUUAAACAGAAUUAGUUCAGUUUUUUCUAGUUUGUGUUGUCAACAGAAACCUUUUCAGUCUGUGACUUUUCCGUGGAAAUCAGGUCUUAGUGUAGUUAGUCUGUGUUAUAUCUUAAUUGAUAAAAUAUCAUAUAGUUUAUUUAAAUGCCUUCAAAAUCAUCAGAAGCCUUAAUUAAUAAUGUUUUCAGACUUUUUUGCAAAUAUUGCAUUUUAUUCGAAUACGCAAUAUAUUUAUAUAAAAACAAUAUUAAUUUUGUACUAUUGACAGUUUUAUUUUACAUUUCUUUUAAACCAACCUAUCGGUUUAUGUUUAAACCAUGUACAACCAAAACAUAUCUAACCCAAAACAAAUCCUAAUAAGAGAAUUAAGACGUUAAUUAUAAAGAAAUAAAUAAAUGACGAUAAUAUUUAUAAUAAACGUUUAUGUUUUUUGUAAUGAGGCUGAGUAAUUAUCAUGCACGUGAAACAUUUAAAUCGUUUAAGCUUUACGACUCCGAAAAGAAGACUUAACACUUACCAAGUUUUUUUAAUUUUUUUAUUGCUUAGAUGGGUGGACGAGCUCACAGCCCACCUGGUGUUAAAUGGUUACUGGAACCCAUAGACAUCUACAACGUAAAUGUGCCACCUACCUUGAGAUAUAAGCUCUAAGUUUUCAAUAUGGUUACAACGGCUGCCCCGCCCUUCAAACCGAAACGCAUUACUGCUUCACGGCAGAAAUAGGCAGAGUCGUGGUACCUACCCGUGCGGACUCACAAGAGGUCCUACCACCAUUAACGGUGCUUUUAUAUAAACCAAGCAACGGUCAUCGUUGUCGUCGAACCCGUCGCUUACGAAGAAGGGCUCGGCGAGUAUAUUAACCCAGAAAUACAGCCCACUGAGUUUCUUGCCAGAUCUUCUCAGUGGGUCGCGUUUCCGAUCCGGUGGUAGAUACUGCGAAGCACGGCUCUUGCUAGGGGUCGUGUUAGCAACGUCGUCAGGUUUGAGCCCCGUGAGCUCACCUUCUCGCCCGGUUACGCUGAUGUGGUCUCCGAAGACCAUCACCUUAGGUAGGAAAGAAAAAGGGGGCAAUUAGGAAUUUUUACUACGUCAACUCAUACCUCUCACCUCGAUGAUGGAGGACUUCUUGGUUUAUAAAAUUUCAUGUAAUAUAAUCCAACCAAUAAAAACUAUCAAAUACAAAAUUUAUAAACCUGGGUGGGUAGUGGUUUUGAAGUCGUCAUGAAGGAUAAGACGUCCAGUACAUUUGUAUCGAGCGACGCUACUGUGCCGUCGUUCGAAUUCCAAGCAGGUAAUGGCAAUUGUCCAAUGAAAUAUGCCCCUAACAUAGUUUCACAAAUCAUUUCCACGGUGAAGCAAUAACAUUGUGUAAUAAAAACCAAACCUGCAGACUUAUUAUUUGCGUCAUUACUGAUGGUAGGACGUCUUAUGAAUCCGCACGGGUAGGUCCCACCACCCUGCCUAUUUCUGCUGUAAAGUAUUAAUGCGUUUCGGUUUGAAGGGCAGGGCGGUCGUUGUACUGUAGAACUGAGACUAGCAAAUCAUUUCUCAAGGCGGCACUUACGUUAACAAUAAACAUACCAUAACGGGUCAAAUGAUCCAUUUAGAACUUUUGCAUUGCAAUGCCCGAAUCAUCUUAUUGCUUUUGCACAUUUGAUUUCAUGACUUUUUCUUACCAAUUAAUCUACAGUUAUUAUAUUUUUUUUGUAUUGUUUAUUUUAUGUAAUACUCUUCGUGUACCGUUUUCUACCCGCUAUGGUAGAAAUAGGUACCAGUAAGAGUUUGUAUGAUUAGUGUUAAUGUCUAUAACUCUCUGGUCACCAAAUAACACCAGGCCGGCUGUGAGCUCUUCCGCUCAUCUAAGCAUUAAAUAAAAACAUGUAGUAGUAGCAGUUAAAGAGAAGAACUUCUUUUAAAACUAUACACUUUAAGAGAUCUCUUAAAGAACUCUGUAAACGUAUGAAGCGAUGCUACUAUGCCAGUGUUUAAAUCCCGCAGGCUGAUAGAUAUUUUUUUUUGUAAUGAAAUACUAAACUCAUGAUAACGAUUGACUUCAAAAAAUGAAGACAUUCGUUGUGGUAGGCACCACCUAGUUUUGCGGGGAAACAGAAUGCCUUCCGGUCUUAUGAGCGAGAAAGCCGUCACCCUAUACAAUUAGAACUUAUAUCUCAAGGUAGGUGGUGGUGGCAUUAACAUUGUGAUAUGUAACUUGUUCACCAGUCUAUGCAAUAAAAUGGGUCAACCUCAAGAUAGGCGGCUGCAUUGACUUUACAUUGUCCAAGUGUUACGUGAGCUGGACUGCCCAUUUAUCACAAAAAAGUUGGUAUUAAAAAAAACAAAAAUGCUGUAUGUACUACAUUUCUUUAUGUAGUGGUAAUUAUAUGCUAGAGUGACAAAGACCACUGAUAGCACCGCCAAAUCGAGUCGGUCAAUUUACAAUACAUAAUAAUUAAUAUAUUAACAGUAUUGUAAAUUAACAGGAUAACUAUACUAAUUGGUCCUUAGUGAUGGUUUUUGGUGAUAAAAAAAAAGUCAAUCUUACGUCAAGACACGAAAUUAUUAAAAACAUCCGUUUUAAAGCUUAUUUAAUUUUAAUGUAAUUGCGAGAAUGUAUGUAAACUUUGCUUAAUAGACGUAAUCCAGUGAUAUACAAUUAAAUCUAUAUCAUUCAUGUAACACUUGUAUAAGUUAUGAAAUUUUGCAAUUUAUCUCCUUCACUCUAAUCACAUAACUUGCAAUGAGUAAAAACGUAUUAAAUGAUUAUAUUUAUAUUAUAGUGAAUGAAAUUUUUGUUAGAAACUAAAUUUUCGAUAGAUAUUACGUAGAUGUUUUAAAAGAUUUUUUAUCAGUACGCUGUUUGAAAGCAGAUCAAAUGUCAUACAUUUGAUUUGAAAUAUAUUUAUUUCAUAAUUGAAUAUGUCUUUUGUGUUUGUAGAUAGAUUCUCCAGUGGAUAACUUGUAGUAUAAUAAUUUAAACGUUUUAGGUAACUUUAUAAGCUAUGGAACAUUAUACCGAUCACAGGUUAUUACAAAUUAUUGUAUAUUGUUAAGAAGUUUUUAAUUUCAGUCAUAACACGAAAACUCUAAAUCAAAUGUAGAUAAUGAAGUAAAAUAUAUUGACAUUCCACAUUGUAUUACGUUGUUUAUCUUGCUUUUAGUACAUCGUUUAUGUUGGAAUUAUUUGACUACUCCAUCCAUUUAAGUACUCAGUAAGUAUUGUUAACAUAAUAUUUUUAUCAUGCCUUGGUAUGUUAUAGGUCAAAAAAAAAAAAGAAAUAUUUGUAAGUGUAUUGAAAAGAGCAAUAAAAUUAUUGAGAUUCUUCGUA